CGCAGCAGCUCCCAGUCCUCGCUCCAGCGAUGCGCUCGGCACGACGGGCAGGAGCAGGGGCCGAGGGGGCCGCUGCGGGGACGCGGGCACGGCCGGGGGCUGUCCCGGCCCGACCCGGGCGGUGCCGGGCGGCUGUGGCCGAGGGCUCCUUCCCCUGCCGUCCCCUCGCUCCCGUCCCGCCCGUGCCACCGCCCCCGGGCGGGGGGAGCCGCUGCCGCGCCCCAUAAAGGGCGGCCGGGCCCGGCGGCGCUCGCUGCGCUGUGGGCCUCUCUCUCUUCGUGCCGCUGCACGGCCGCUCGCCCUGGGACACAGGCUCCUCCCGGAGAAAGCCGGAUUCCCGUCUGUCGCUGCCAUGGCCUCCGUCCCGUCCGCCGGCUGCCUCCUGGCCAAGAACCAGUACUACAGGACAAGACUGAACUCAGAAUCCAGCGUUUCUUCCAGCUCCUCCUGCUGUUUGGAUGCUGUGAAUAUCACAGACCAGGACAAAGCAUUGCAUGGGUUACCAGAGUUAAUUGAUAAACACUGGUGGAUAAAAAGCUUCUUCCAUAGUGAACCCUCUCCACCAACUGUUGGCAGAAAAACACUGUCAGCAAGCAGUACCAACAGUUGAAAAGGACAGCAUGAUGGCUUUUCUGGCUGAGAUGAUACAGACUUGUUUUUGCAAGAGGCUUGGGAUCUUCCUAAUGUCUGGGUUCAGCUGCAAGAAGAAAACAAAACCUUUAGGAGAGUGGAAAAGUGUAUUUUCAAAAUAUUUUUUCAGUAGCUAAAAUGAUAUUGCUUAAUGGACAUAUCCAUGGCCAUAUCCAUGUGUUCUUUCCAGAUUUGCCAUAAUUUGUGAUGUCUCUCUAAUGAAAGUUUCCAGGAGUAAACAUCCUGAUGACUUGAAUAAUUAGAGAAAGGUGACAGAAGAAAUAAGACGUCAUAGAUUUAGGAGGAAGAAGUGCAUUGAAUGACUUUGCAAUAGGUGAUUCAGUUAAGUUGCCUUUAAGAUACCAGCUCUGUAGGCAGUUGCACUGAUGUAAACAAGAUUCAGAUAUAUAAUCCAGAGUAAGACUGCUGUGUGGCACAUGUCUUUUAUCCAGUAUUUGUGUACCAGUUACAGGGUGUAAGUUUACAAGAAUGCUUGUCAAUAGCUUUGCUUUUAGAAAGCCAAUUACAUGAACAAGCAAUAAUCGGUUUGGUUUCUUUGAUAAAGCAGAGUGCAUAGAUCCCACCUUCAAAUACCCAGGUACCAAUUUCAUUCCUGCCUAUGUAUGCUGGUAUUUGAGGACAGAAUAGAGGAGAUGCACAAGAAACAGUAAUCCUAAUGGAAACUGACCUUUUCCAAGGAGAAGAGCAACCUUAAUCAGAGCUGAUACUUCUAGUUAGUUUUUAGAUUUCUUCUGCCUGCUUUGUUGUGGCUUAAAGAUCUACUUGUUCCUAAGUAACUAAUUCUAUCAAUAUUCUGCUGUCAGAUUAGUUAUGAAAGCUAGAUCUGGCAAAGGAUUCCACUCAAAAUAAUCACAUUAUUGUUGUUAUCCAAGUGUACCUUUGUCAUGCUCUUGAAAGGCACUGUAACAUUGCAAUGCUGAAGACUAAAUGAAGCUAAUUAAUAUAAUGAUUGUUUAUUCUGCUGGGCAUGACUGAAAUGCAUCAAAGAUUAUGGAAAACAACAAGUAUUUGGCUGGAUGGUAACAUUUGUUACAAUUAUCUAUGCAACUUUUUGAUGUACUAUCAUUAAACCUGCUGUAUAUUUGUCCAUCACUGGAUGGACUAACAGUAGCAAACAUUAAUGUAGGCAGCAUCUUUUUAUUAUAGGCUAAUCGUUGCAUAACUCCAAGGUGUAUCAAGUGGUUGCUUCAGGGAGUUCACACUCUUGAUGGAGGCAAUAAUGGCAGAUGACAACAGAAAAGAGAACAAUUCUGAAAACAUGAUUUCAAGGGUCUUUAAAUUAACUUGUGUCUUACUUUACUGCUACUGUAUAGUUUCAUCUUUGUCUGUUCUCUAAAUAUGCAGAAUUACUUUUUUAUACUAAGAUUUUUUUUUAUUAAUAAAGAUUUAAUCAAUA